AUGGGAACCCAUACCUCUCGUAAACUUCUUGAUAAACUUUAUUGCGAAACUGCAAUUCGUGAUGUACAUAGAAAAUAUAAGGAGGCUCAAGACGAGCAGCAAGCACCAAGUGGUGAUAAUGAGAACGAAAAUGAGGAAUUUAUCGUGGAAAAAAUUUUGGAUGAGCGAUAUAAUGCGAAGAAGAAAUGUAAAGAAUAUUUGCUGAAAUGGCAAGGAUACGGGGACGAGGACAACACAUGGGAGCCGGAAAGUAAUUUGGAUUGUGCCUCACUCAUUGAAGAGUUUCACCGAGAACGGCUCAAGAAAGCAACUCAUGCCGCGUCUGGAUCCACUUCAGCAAAAUAUUCUAGAGGCACGCAAAAGAGUGAUAAAAGGAAGCGACAAAGUGCACAGGUGCCAUCGUCGAGAACACCCGAGGUUUGCGUUACACCGCAAUUGAUACUAAGACAGUCAGUGUGUUCACCGUGUGCGUCGUCAGAUCGUUCAGAAGCCUCCGAUCUCGAGACGUCAUCGAGUGAGAGUGACGACGAUACGGAAGAAGCGAUGAGACGAUGUCAUCCUGCGCCUGGCGAAAGUGGCAUGGAAAAAGGCUGGAUACCAGAAAUCAUUACCACCCAAGGCGAUGAGAAAUAUCCGGACUCGUUCGUGGUCAAAUAUAAACACAAGAAGAAAUACGAGUGUGUUCCGCAGGACGUUUGCAAAAAUAUGUGGCCUCAGACCAUUUAUGAAACAGUUAUUAGAAGACUUGAAAUGUCAAAACUUGGUUUACAGCAAAAAGUUAUUCGUGAAAUUCCGAAAUCAAGAAAAUAUGUUAAAGCUGUAAUAGCGAACCAGUGA